GAUUUAUCUUGUCUACUUCGUCCCGAGCUCGUUGUAGUGUCCUACAUUUUGUGAAUAAAUACAACAAAAACAUGAAUAACCGGCCCCAGUCCCGGGGCAUGCAGUCCGCCGGCCGCGGCAUGUCCGGCGCUGCGACCCCGGGAGGCUUGCGGGCCCCGGUGCCGGCCUCGCGGAUGGGCACCAGUGCGAUGCGGAUGGGUAAGUUUUUAGACGAAGAUCAGCGAGGUGUGUGCCAUUUGAUUUUUACGGUUGAUUUUAUUAUGAGCAAAAGCGAAAAGCUAUUUGUAUUUUUCUACGACACCAGGUACCGCGGCGAUGCGACAGGGACCGGGCGUGGGUCUUGUCACCGACGUGCGCGUGCAGGACCGGCCGCUCACGCAGAUGGGCGUGCACGUGAACCAGGGACAGGGGAAGCCCGGGAGGCAAAUUUACGACAAGAGCUAUUACAUGACGCAGCUGCGGGGGAAGCACAACGAAUUGCGGGACGCGCUCCAGAAAUUCAACCAGGAGAUGGUGGAAAUACAGAACGACAACAACACCUUCACCAUGCUGGAGAAAAGGUCGUGAAUAAAGAGACUUUCUGUAAUUUCUCAAUCUUGAAGGUUGAUGCCGGUCGUGGCAUUCUUUGUAGGCAUUGGACAGGAAGGAUUAAGUACGAUUGUUAUGUUGAAAAGCAAGUAAGUAGUGGCAAAGAGGAAAUGUUGUACGGCAUUUGAUAUCACCAGGUAUGAGCAGUUGAUAAAAACGGUCCGAAAUUUGGAGGGGGAGCUUGCAGAUUACAAUUUGGCCCUGGACAAGCAGCGCACGGACACGAGGCCGGAAGAGGUGCAGUACAUGUACCAGCUGCUGAAGAGUCAGAAUGACGCCCAGAGGAUGGAGAUGGACCAAAUUUUUCUGGAGAAAAAAUCACACGAAGAGGAGAUAAAAAAGUUUGACGAGGUAUGUGAUGUACAGGCUAAAAUUUUUCAUGGGGUGAGUUUGUCAUGGAUGUUUGUUUCGUGGUCACAGCACGAAAACAUGAGAAUCAAGGAUAAAGACGAUAAAAAGUACCUUGAUUGAAGAUCAUGUUUCAACAUGAGAAACAAGAAAAAAUGUCUCGCAUCAGAUCCUAGAGUCUUUUACGCGUGCGGACGAGGAGAAACUAAACGACUUGCACCCGGACCAACGGCACGAAUACGACCAGCUGCAGCAGGAGAACCGGAAAAUCAGCCUGCCGCAGCUCCGGCACGAGGUGGAGAUGAUUUCGCAGAACCUGCUGAUGGGGGAGUCGCGGCUGCGGCAGGAGCCUUUGCGGCUCCGCAUGCAGGAACUGAAGGAGAAGCGGGUGCAGCUGUUUUCGAAGCUGCAGAACCUGGAGCAGCAGGCAAAAGAGUCGCAAUUAUCCAUCCCCGAGCAGCGGGAUCUGCUGCUGCAGAAAGUGAAGGACAACAAUCAGGAAAUCGUCCGGACGGAGGAAAGGAUAAGCGAGACGCGGAAAGAGAUGGAGAACUGCAAGAAGCAGCUGAUAGAAGUGAACGCGAGCGCGGAGCAAUCUAGUGCGGACCAGCAGAAAUACGAGGUUCUGUUUACCAAAGAUCAGGAAAUGAGCAAAUUUCUGGAAGAUUUCCCGAGGAAUCUGAAGGAUGAACAGAUGAAGGUGCAGGCGAAACAGCAGGAGGUUUUGGGUAUAGAUAACUACUGUUGGUGCGGUCUAAACUCAGAACACAGCGAGGACGUUCGAAUUGGUUCAAGUUCCAGAAUCGGGUCGGGUUUUAUAUGUUCAACACGAUUAGAAGCUGCAGAAAGUUUUGAAGUUUCAUUUUGUUCAUGUGAGUCAGUGGCGUGGUGUUUUGGUUUAGUUUUAGUUUUGCUCUCCCUUUGAUUUUCGAUCUACGAUUUUUGUACGUUUUGAAAUUCCGAACGAUUUUAAAGUCUGAAUUUAGACCGAGGAGCUUGGUAUGGUGACCGAUGUCGACAUACUCCCCCUCGAAUUAUACUGGUAAGUGUAAUUCGCCUAGUAAAUUCAAACUGAGUCUCGAGGUCUGUAAAAUUCUUAAGACUGAAAACAAGCACAAGGAAAAGAAUAAAUAAAAUCUGUUGUAAGGUUUUUCGCAUAACUUUCUAGGUUUUUGGUUUUUGCUUCUUUUCUUUGUGUUUGUACUUCCGUCGGAAUCAGAUAACUUCUAUAGUUUUUAAUUAGUAAAUCUCGAUAAAGUUCUUGAGUUUUUCAAACUUGCGGAUCUGGUCCGUCUUAUGUUUGUAGAGAAAUUUUUGUAAAAUUCUACACGUAGAGAUAUAUGGUCUUGCUGUAUAUCACGAGCUAACUACCACUUUGACUUCACAUUACUUCUUUUUCUCAUCGGGAUUCGGCGACUGGGACGGUUUUCGGAUGUUGAUGGCAUCCAUCUUUUGCUUCGUAACUGGCUUGGUAAACACAUCAGCGAGAUUCUCACUGGUUUUGACGUAUGUCAGGUCCACAAGCGCACCCAAGUACUGUUUUACGUAGUUAUGCCGGAUGUCUAGGUGCUUGGUGCGGUUUGUGGCAAAAUCCCUCUGAGCAUGCUGGAUCGCUGCCUCGUUGUCGCAACGGGUUCGGAUUGUGAAUUUGUCCGAAAAGGAUACCAAGCAGGGACUUCGUUUUUCGUUUUUCUUUUCUUCUUCUCCAACUCCGAAAAUAUCGGCGCAAAGGUAGUCGAUAAAUUUCAAGUCCUUCACUAGCGUGGCUAGGGCGAUAAGUUCCGCUUCCAUGGUGCUCAUCGAAACUAGUCGCUGCGUCGAGGAUCUCCAAGAGAUUGGCGAUCCGUUCCAGAGUACGACUCCCCCUGUCGUGCUUUUUCGCCCUGGAACUUCUCCGGCAAAAUCGGCGUCGGAGUAUGCGUGCAAGUUUUUGCGCGCGUCGCUGCCUGUCGUAGCAGUGUAAAAUAAGCCAUGGUCUUUCGUGUCACGCAAAUAGGCCAGGAUGCGUAGCACUGCGCUUUUCGCUUCGUUGUUCGGGUUUUCCAAAAACCUCGCGACUUCCUUCGCUGCGUAAGCGACAUCGGGCCUGCAGGAAGUCUGUAAGUAUUGAAUCACGCCUACUAUUUCCCUCAUCGGGAAUUUUCCUUGGUGUUCGUCGUGCUCUGGUUCCGCCGUGUCUCCCGUUUGGCCUACCAAUUGAGUCACGAUCGGAGUCUUAGCGUGUUUUCCUUCGACGAGAUCGCCGAACUUGUCCAGCAUGCGGGCGAUGACCCCGGAAUUUUUCAGGUGCAUCGUUCUCGCCUUUUUGUCGUACUUGACAUCGACACCCAAAAACGUAAACUGCUGCACGCUGUCGGCGGUUUUGUCCUGCACCCGCCCGGAAAACUUCGAAAGUAUUUCUUCCUUCGCCCUCUUCAGUUCGUCCGGUGGUCCUACUGCAAAACAAUCGUCGACAUAGAUGCAGAGCCUAACCCCUCCCCGUGUGAACAGACAGGCAUCGCUUUCUGCCUGCGUAAACCCCAGCGAUUUGAGGCAGUCCACAAAUUUGAUAUUCCACAUCAUGGGCGACACUGUCAGCCCAUAAAGACUUUUCUUCAGUAGCCAGAGCGGUUUUUCCGGGUUUGCCAAUUCCGGAGGGGGUUUCACAAAAACUCGCUCGCGUAGGUCUCCAUGUAGGAAGGCCUGGCUGAUGUCGAAUAUUUCAAAAUCCAUUUUUGGGUCGGAUAGUAAUUUUUGUAGAAGUAGCCGGAAACAGAGCUGAGUACAAACUGGAGAGUAGACAUCCUGCGGGGCGUUGGCCUGCUUGUUUCCCAACGCGACGGCCCGCGCCUUUCUGCGUGUGCCGUUGUCCUUCAACUCCAGCAAUACCAUCAGCGGUAUGGAUUUUUCGUUUUUACCCAUCGCUGAGUAUGGGACUUCUUCGUAGACCCCUAGCUUCCUGAAUCCGUCAAAUUCUUUUUCGACUGCCGCACGCCACUCCACGCCGUUCGGCCCGUUGAGCCCCUCACGUAGUGGAACUCGCUCGGUGGCGAAGCAAUGCGCUUCGUGUACUAAUCGGUCGAUCAGUUUUUGCUCGUGCGUGUCGAGAUAUCCAUCCUUCCAUAUAGAUUCUGCGGGAAGGUAUUUGGAUGCGAACGACGCGAGGUCGUCCCGCUUAGCUGCUGCCACCGUUUGGAACGCAUCGACUUCGAAACAAAUUCCGAGUUUUCGACUUGCGCGCCCCUUCCGCUGUCUUCGCCAAAAUUUCCAUUCUGGUGGUGGUCGGUGCUGCGUAAAAUAUGCAUGCACCUCUUGCAGCGUCGCCCGUGCUACCAUGCGUUUCUUCGGUCUGGAUUUCUUACUUCGGCACACCCAUGAAAAAUCUAAGUCGCCCGCCAGCAUCGUGAAUAACGACCCGAAGAUCGAGUAGAGCACCAUGAGAAAUGCCCAAACUGGGCCCAGGAGAGACGUUUCUGGAGAACCUCCGGAGUUUUUGUAUUUCCAGCUGGAAAUACCUGCGCCCUUGGUUUUCAAGCUGGAAACUUUUGCGGCGUUUGCGAUUUCUUCGGUUGGCGUCAUCUGCUCGGCCUUAGCUGUUUCCAGUUUCUUGGUCUUGGUCAGUUUACACGGAAACCGGACGGAGCGAACGACGUAAAUUUUCUUUGUCUUCACGUCUUGCACCUUGUAGGCGCUGGAUUCUUCUGAAUAUCCGAGAAGUAUCCCUGGAAUAAACUUGGACGCCAUUUUACUCGUUUUUGGAUGCUCAUCGCGGUACCAGCAUUCUUCCCCGAAAACGCGAAGGAACCCAAGGGCAGGCGCUUCCCCGUAACGUUUUUCGUAUGGCGAAAUCCCACCGAGGAUCUUCGUCGGCGUUCGGUUUAGAAGAAAGGCGGCGCACUCGAUAGCAUGCGGCCAAUACGAUUCAGGCAAUCCGGAAUCUUGCAGAAGACAUCGCGACACCGUCAGGAUUCGCUUGUUGGUAGCUUCAGCCAGCCCGUUUUCUUCCGGCGUGUAAGGUGCUGAAGUUUCCAUGGCUAUCCCGUGGUCGAUGCAUUCCUUUUCGAACUCUGCAAGGAACUCGCGCCCGUUGUCUGUGCGGACGGUCUCCGGUCGCUUGUUUCGCUUGAUCCACCUGCGUAGCGCCCUGCGUGAUUCCGCUGCGCUAUGCGUUGCCAACGGCGUAGCUUGUACCCAACGCGUAGCCUCAUCGGUUAACGAGUUGAAAUACUUAAAAUUCUUGGUCUUUGGCAUCGGUCCGACGCUGUCGCCGUGAAUUUUGUCGCCGAAUUUCUCCGCGCGCUUCUGCUUACCGCGUCCCUUUCGGUUUUUCUUGUGCGGCUUGCGCUGCGCCUUUUGUCGUGCGCAAAUUUUGCAUUCCUUCCGCGCCGUGGUGUGGCCGUGCCUUCGGUGAAGUUCGGCGGCUUCGUUUUCCGCUGCGUCUUCAACCGCUUCCACCGUAAAGCAUUUAUAUUGUUCUUUGAUAGGCGCCAGCUGUAGCGUCGGCAAGUCGCUCCCGUCCCAGGUAAUCGGCUCGAAGCGCUUCGAUUUCCCGAACCGUAGGCGGGUAAAGUUUUCAUUGACUUUAUACCCAUCGUCGAUCAAAAGCUUUAGCGAUAGAAUAUUGUAGCCCACACCAGGAGCGUGGAUAGCUUCGCCGAGGUUGAUCGUUCCAAGUUGUUCCGACUCUAACGCGGUAGGACGGACUAUUUUCUGUUUUUCAAUGCGCGUUUUGUUCGCACAAGUUACGUUUGCCAGCCUGUUAGUUUCGUCUCCAAUCAAAUCCGAAUCCUUGAUAAUGUGCGCGGUCGCACAUGAAUCCAGUAAAAACUUCCUGGAUGUCUGCAAGCUUCUCCCGUUGGUUAAAGGUUGAAACCACUGCGCUGCAUGCGGUUUCCGAAUAUCUAAAAAGUUGCACUCCGCCUCGAUUGUUUGAUAAAUUUCUUUUCCGCCUUCCCGCUCCGCAUUCGCACCGGGAUCAUCCCUACCACCCUCGGAAUGAUCGCAAAAAUCUUUAGUCAAAUUUUCUUCAUCUCCGGAUCGCGACGCUAGUCACGCCCGGCGGGGCUCCCCCUGAGGUUUGUCCCCCUUCUUCCCUUUCUUGCCUUUGCCUUUCCCCUUGUUCUUCGGCUUCAGCUCGGGAUACUUGACCCAGCAAGAUUUUUCUUCGUGCCCCGGUUUCUUGCAAUGCGUGCAGGUGGUCACCGUCGCGCACACCGUAGCCCCGGCCGGAUUAUCGUCGCCCAAGUCCUUCAGCGCUUUCUUCACUUUGUCAAGCGAAAAAUCUCCGCGAAGGUUACCCAGAACAACAAUUUUCUCCGUGUCCGGUAAGUUUGCGGCGGUGAAAAGCAGAACACCGGCAAGCGGAUCCGUCACCGGAACCCCCUGCGCCUCCAUUUCGCGCUUGCACCGUUCCCAUUCCUCGAUAAAAUUUUUGUAAUUGGAAUCGCCACGGUUACAACCCGCGAAAUCGUUCCAAGCUGCCAAGAUCUGCCCAGCGCUAUCCGGUAAAAGUAACUCCUUCAACUUCGGCAGGAAGGUGGCCCAGGUUUUGCAAUGCUUCAAAUUCCGGCGAAGUUCUUCAUCAUCAAUCCCACCGCGAAGCAGGUAAAGAUAGUCGGCUUCGUCCGAAAAAUAUUUUCCCACAAUGCCUACCCAGCGCUCAACCUCCUCGAUGAAGUCCUUCGGGGUUGGUUCUUUGCUAAGCACGGGGGGGCGCUCAACAAUUUUCGAAUAAACUCCGGGGAUAGUCUUGGCAGCAGCGGCGGAAGGAGUUACAGGAGCGGACUCCGUGUUUUUCGUUUUCUCCUCCGGCUUUUCCGCUUUCGGUUUCGGCGGCGGAAUGUCAAAAAAUGUUUCGUCCUCACCAUCUUGCCACUGCGCCCGUUCUUCGGCGCUGUCCAUGAAUUUCCCCUCCAGAUAUUUGUCGUAAGCCAGCAGCAGCAUGCAGGUCAUCGCGUCCGUCAUUUUUGCGGUGGUGGCGUCAGGCUCCAUCUUCGUGCGCAUGUGCUUGCGGAAAACUUUCCAAGGCGUCGAAAGCGCGACAAAAUCAUAGUCGUCAUCGUCCGCCAUCUGGAUCAGCACCCGCGUACGCCCUUCAUUGCGCAGGUAGAAGAAACUGUCGCCCGCGAUGUUCACCCACUGCCCGGCGUUGAGAGUCAUGGUUUUUGUUUUUGUGUGCAAAAUGUCACCAAUAUAAAAACGCUAUAAUUCUUAUGGGGUUUGGCUCAAAGUUAAAAACAAAAAGCGAUAAAAACUAUUGGCGAAAGUUUUAAAGUGGCAAACUUAAAAACUGUAAAGCAGGCUGAUAACCUAUGUUGGUGCGGUCUAAACUCAGAACACAGCGAGGACGUUCGAAUUGGUUCAAGUUCCAGAAUCGGGUCGGGUUUUAUAUGUUCAACACGAUUAGAAGCUGCAGAAAGUUUUGAAGUUUCAUUUUGUUCAUGUGAGUCAGUGGCGUGGUGUUUUGGUUUAGUUUUAGUUUUGCUCUCCCUUUGAUUUUCGAUCUACGAUUUUUGUACGUUUUGAAAUUCCGAACGAUUUUAAAGUCUGAAUUUAGACCGAGGAGCUUGGUAUGGUGACCGAUGUCAACAACUACUUUGUCGAUGUUCGCAUAGUUUUUUUCUGCGCCUGAUCAAAAUCUUUUGGCGUGGCUCGAGUAAGAUUGCUGUUUCGCCAGGAGAAAGUACGUGUUUGGUUCCAGCGAAAUAAUACUGAAAUGCGUGAAUGCACCUCAUCAAGCGAUCCAUGUUCAUGAAAAACAGCCGUCCUGGAAGACACGAGCAAGUACCUCGGGCAGAAAUCUCAGGGAGACUUGGACAAGCUGGGCCAGGAACUGGACGACGAGCUGAAUUUCAAAAAGUCGCAGCUUGACCAGUCGACCGCAACCAAUCAAAAAUUAAUCGGGCAAGUGGACAAGAGAAAGCAAGAGCUGGAGAAAAUUAGAAAUCUAGACGCGAAGAUUUCGCAGGAACUGGUACUGAAGAUAGGACGCAGGUUCUUAGGGCGAGAACAGUUGAAGAACAAUUUGUUCUUUUGCGUGUCUCGCACAUACUCUGCCAACAGGCCCUAUUUCAACAUGCAAGAGAAGUGUCAGAGACUGAAAAAAGCAAUAUAUAAUAAUUAUCGAACAGGUUCAGCUCGCACAGAAGCAACAGACGAUGGAAAAGGAAAUACAAGAAAAGUAUCUCCACGUGGACAGCUAUGUCGGGAAAUCGAAGUGCUUUUGAUGGCUUUGAGUCACCAACGCGAACUUGUGCUGUCACAUCGAUUGUAGGUGUACUACAACUUCUUAAUGCAGGUCGUGUCUUGUACUGGUCGUACUCCUACUUCUAUGUCCAGUCAGUACAAGGACAAUGGCAAUACAUAUGACGUACAACAACACGACAAUUAUAUAUAGACUUGAACUGCUUCAGGACACGACGAGACGAGGUGGGACCACACAACGCAAAGUCAAAAUGCACAAAAAUUUCCUUGCAUACCUCUAUGCGUGCGGAGAAGCAGAUGCAGACAACCGAGUUGACCAGGAGAAAGGCAAAAUACGACCAGAGACUCGCACAGUUGCACAACUUGGUGCAUUUUCUGCAGAUAAAAGUGGACGGGAAAAAGCAGCAGUUGUCAGAUAACGAAACGAACCAGAACUUGGAGGCGCUGGAAAACAAGAUAAAGCAGUAUUGCUUGGCUUGUGAAUCUGUUGCUGUAUGAAAAGAAAAGAUAAGGAUGCAAUGCUUGGUCUGGCGUGACAAAAAGCGACUUCUCUAAUAAAAUCCCAACUCUACCGAAAAUUACUGUAGGUAUGAGCAGAACCUGUUCCACAUGCAGACGUUUAUAGCGACGAGGGAAGCAGAAGCCGACUUCAGUCAGCAGCGAGACAAGGUCUUAAACACGAUGGAGGCGGUGAAUAAGAUUCUGAUCACAAACUGCAUGAAAAUAUCCCCGAUGACGGGCUAUUAGACCGGGGGUGGGAACGGGAAGCAGGAUCUAUCGCAACAGUGGAAGAAGUACUAGAGAAGCUGGGAUUGAUUUUGGUUCUUCUAUUCCCUGCUGUGGUACUUGGUUUGAUAAGAGUGUGUAAAUAAAUUUGCGCAAAAAAAAUACGUUUUCAUUUUCCUGACGGGUGUAUCUUAAGAGAGACGCUGAAGAUGGGCGUGAAGGCAGGCGGAUUUCUUGCAUGCAAAACAAAGGGUUCUAGGCACUCAAAUACUUCUUUAGAGCUGAAUAUUUCGCAAUAGAAAAACAGAAACAAGCUGCGUAAGUGGUUUGAGCUGAGUAUGAAACUUAUCUUUUGAGCUGAAGAGUCUUGACGGGUGGAAAAUAACUACCGAUAUGAAAGCACUGCGGUGCAGGGUUUUUUCAAGUCAAGCUAUGAAGAAACUGGAGCAAACAGUAAAAGUGCAGCAUGACGAUGACAAUCGUCCUGACCUUGCCAGAAAUCGGGCUUGGAAGCCACCUG